AUGACAGUGAUUUUCUCUCGUCUUUUUUUUUCUUUUUUUUUUUUUCCUCCUAUUUUUGUUGUCUUCAUUCUGUUGUUCUGCGAAGGGAUUUGGGGCCAAAUAACACCAUUCCCCAUCCCUCCCUCUCUCCCCCUCCCCUCUCUCUCCCCUCCUCUCUCUCCCCCUCCCUCUCUCUCCCCAUCUCUCUCUCUCCCCCUCCUCUCUCCCCAUCUCUCUCUCCCCUCCCCUCUCCCCCUCCCCUCUCCCCUCCCCUCUCUCCCCCUCCCUCUCUCUCUCCCCAUCUCUCUCUCUGACUCUCUCUCCUUUUCUCUCUCUUUCAUUCUUGUUUUUCCUUUAUAUUUUCUUCUUAUAGUUUUCAUAUAUUUUAUGCCUUUUUUAUUUUUAUUUACUUUCUUAAACGUUUCUCCAUUUCUUUCUUCCAUUCUUUCUCACAUUUCUCUCAUUAACUUUCUUUCUUUCUUUCUUUCUUUCUUUUUCUGUUCCUUUCCUUCUUUUUCUUUUUCUUUUCUGUUCCUUCUUUUUGUUGUUCUUUCUUCUUUUCUUCUCUCUUUUGUCUAUCAUUCAUUCAUUCUUUAUUUAUUUAUUUAUUUAUUCCUUUUGCUCUUUCUUUCUUUUACUACUUCUCUCUUACUCUCUCUCUCUCUCUCUCUCUCUCUCUUGCUAUCUUUUUCAUUCCCUUUUUAUCUUUCUCUCUUUUAUCAUUCUCUUACUCUGCCUUAUUUUCUCUCUCUUGCUUGCUUUCUUUCUUCCUAUUUCUCGCUUUUUAUUCUCUCUUUCUCUUUUUCUCUCUCUUUUUCUCUUUUCGUCUUAAUUUCUAUCUUUACUUUUCCCUCUCUUUCUCUCUUUCUCUUUCUAUCUCUUUCACUUUCUCCAUUUCUUUCAUUUUUUCCUUCUUUCUUUCUUUAUCAGAUCGUUUUUUCUUUCUUUUUUGCUCAACUCUUUCUUUCUUUCUAUCUUUCUUUCUUUCUUUCUUUCUUUACCAGCUUGUUUUUUCUUUCAUUUUCCCUCUUUCUUUCUUUCUUUCUUUCUUUCUUUCUUUCUUUCUUUCUUAGCUCUCCUCGGCCUGUUCACCUUUCUUUCUUUCUUUCUUUCUUUCUUUCUUUCUUUCUUUCUUUUAUUCUUUCUUUCUUUCUUUAUCAGCUCGUUUUUUCUUUCUUUUUUGCUCAACUCUUUCUUUCUUUCUUUCUUUCUUUCUUUCUUUCUUUCUUUACCAGCUUGUUCUUUCUUUUUUCUCCCACUUUCUUUCUUUCUUUCUUUCUUAGCUCAUCUCGACCUGUUCAUCUUUCUUUCUUUCUUUCUUUCUUUCUUAGCUCUCCUCGGCCUGUUCACCUUUCUUUCUUUCUUUCUUUCUUUCUUUCUUUCUUUCUUUCUUUCUUGCUUGUUCUUUCUUUCUUUACAUUUGUUAUUCACCAGACUUACGGAAUUCAUUUUCCAUCUUAUUUAAACAAAAAAACAAAAAAAAACUAA